CCGGUUCAAAAUUUGGGCUUCUCUUGGGUUCCCCAAAUUUAAUCAGGCUGUGGAGGGGAGGAAGUUGGACGAAAUCACCCCUGGUUAUCCCCUUUUCCCAACCCCAGGUCUCGAUUUGUGGCUUCAUUUCUGUUGCCGACUCAUUUGUUCUCUGCGGAGGAGAAGAAAUAGGGUUUUGGGUGGCGAUUUCGAGUGCAGUCGAACCAGCUUCCUCAACUCAGGACAUUACUACCUUGUUGAUGCCGGAUACCAAAAUGCCAAGGGUUUUCUAGCACCAUACCGCGGGCAACGAUAUCACCUUAAUAUUUGGAGGCAAGGUCAUAUGCCGACUACGAAAGAGGAGUACUUCAACAUGAAGCACUCCGCUGCUAGGAAUGUGAUUGAGAGAAGCUUUGGUGUAUUGAAGAUGCGGUUUGCAAUAUUGAGGUCUCACUCGUAUUACCCCAUUAGGACUCAAACACGUAUCGUCACAGCAUGUUGCCUUCUCCAUAACCUCAUCAAAAGAGAGAUGCCCAACGAUCCCAUUGAGAACGAGUACACGGCAUGGGAACGUGACCACAUACACGAGGUCGAGGCAGAUGAUCACAUCACUACCAUAGAGACUUCCAAUCAAUGGACCGGGGAGAGGGAUGCGUUGGCUACAGCCAUGUACAACCAUUGGCUAGCAAAUGGUGGGGGACAAGAGGUUUUCCCACCAUGAGGAAGUUUGUUUAGUGUAUUUGUAUGAAGUAUUUGAAAAACUUUUAUGAUGUAAACAUUCUAAUUGCGGUUUCAAUAACUUUUAAGGUGUAAUUGAAUUCUAUUUGAAGAACAUUGUAUGAACUUUAUUGUAAUUGAAUUCCGGUUUGUAGUU